UGAGCUUCGAAGCUCUACCCACCCCAAUCGAUCAAUUCGAAUCUACUCUAUCCCACGAGAGCAGUGGUCAAUUCUCCAGCUUUUUUUUCGCAAUUGGUGCCCACUUCCACCAUACCACAAGCCCACAACCCCCAAUUACCUGGCGCACGCGAACACUCCAGCAACCUUAACUCCGCAUGCAAACCCAACCCUCCAAAAACCCAUCCAUCACCACCGUCCACAAUCUUCCCCGCCGUCAACCCUUCGAACCCUCUUGCUGAAUCUCUAAGCGCCAACGAUAGGGAAAAAUGGCCCACUCCAAACGCAACACCUCCCUCCCGCACUUCACGGCCUACGAGCGCUCCCUCCUCCGCUCCGCCUGGGGCACCAAGCGCAGCGUGAUCGGCCGCGACUCCUUCCUGCCGUUCGGGUCCUGCCGGCUGUGCCUCCGCCCGGCGCGCGCCCCCGUCGUCGCCUGCGCCACGGCGGGCGACCUGUUCUGCCGCGAGUGUGCGAUCAGCGACCUGCUGGCGCAGCGGCAGGAGAUCAAGCGGUUGGAGAAGUCGCGCGAGGAGGCGCGGAAGCGGUUGGCGGAGGAGGAGGCGCGCGCGCUGGAGGAGGUGAAGGGGCGGGAGUUGCGGGAGUUUGAGCGGGUGAGUAUGGGGUUGGAGGCCGCGGGUGCCUCGUCGGUGGGGGCGGGGAAGAUCCAGAAGGCAGUGGCUGUGGGUGGGGGGUCGGGGACGCCUUCUUCUGCUGCUUUGGUAGGGGCUGCUGUUGAUGGUGAGGGGAAGAGGAAGAAGGUGUUUGCGUUGGAUGAGAAGAUUGUUGCCAAGAUUGCGAGGGAGGAGCAGGAGAGGUUGAGGGAGGAGUUGAGGAGGGAGAAGGUUUGUGACGCAAAAUCCGCCCUCCCCUCGUUCUGGGUCCCGAGUUUGACGCCCUCGACCGAUCCGGAUGAGAUCGCUGCCAAUAAGACGGUCAAGCUGACGCCCAUCUGUCCGGCUUCGACGGAGACGAAUAAGCAUGGGUACUCGCUCAAGGCGUUGGUGGAUGUGCAUUUUACCGAGGAGAAGGGCUCCGGGGGUGAAACUACGAGGGUGUGUCCUAGCUGCAAGAAGACGUUUACCAACGGGUUAAAAGCUAUGCUAACCAAACCCUGUGGACAUGUUAUCUGUCAACCCUGCGUCAACAAAUUCAUGACCCCCCACGAUGCGCCAGAUCCGCACGCCACCAAGGAGGAACAGGACCAGACCGCGGCGCUACACGGCCGGAUCCUUUGCUAUGUCUGCGAGACGGACAUCACUCCCGAGACGAAAGGGUCUGCGAGUGCGAGCAAGAAAAAGAAGAAGGAUAAGGAGGUGAUCUCGCCCGGCUUGGUCGAGAUUAGUUCCGAGGGGACGGGCUUUGCUGGGCGGGGCGGGAAUGUGGCGACGAAAGAGGGGGUCGCGUUUCAAUGCUGA